CCCUCCUGAUGAAGAAAAUGUGUAACAGAGGAGGCUGCAGAGAAAGAACUUCGUAGCUUGGGAGAGAAAAUAAUUGAAGAACUCAGAUGGUGACUGUAUGAUUGAAACUAUUCGAAGUCAAGAGUCUGCAUAUUCUUUCAACUAUAUUCAAGCUCUCCCAGGCUAUAAAGUGUGAUUGAACUGAACAUCUGUUUGCUGGUCAUCAUGAACCGUGCUUUUAGCAGGAAGAAAGACAAAACAUGGAUGCAUACUCCCGAAGCUUUAUCAAAACAUUACAUUCCCUAUAAUGCAAAGUUUCUUGGCAGUACAGAAGUGGAGCAGCCUAAAGGAACAGAAGUUGUGAGAGAUGCUGUCAGAAAACUCAAGUUUGCAAGACAUAUCAAGAAAUCUGAAGGCCAGAAAAUCCCUAAAGUUGAGCUGCAGAUAUCAAUAUAUGGGGUAAAAAUUCUGGAACCGAAAACAAAGGAAGUCCAGCACAAUUGCCAGCUUCACAGAAUAUCGUUUUGUGCGGAUGACAAAACUGACAAGAGGAUAUUCACUUUCAUAUGCAAAGAUUCUGAGUCCAAUAAACAUUUGUGCUAUGUAUUUGACAGCGAAAAGUGUGCUGAAGAAAUAACUUUAACAAUCGGCCAAGCAUUUGACCUGGCAUACAGGAAAUUUCUAGAAUCUGGAGGAAAAGAUGUGGAAACAAGAAAACAGAUUGCAGGACUGCAGAAAAGAAUUCAAGACUUAGAAACCGAAAAUGUGGAACUUAAAAACAAAGUACAAGAUUUGGAAAGCCAGUUAAGAACAACCCAAGUAUCAACAUCUCCAGCGGGCACCGGGACACCCAAGUCCCCCUCCACUGACAUCUUCGACAUGGUACCAUUUUCUCCAGUAUCACACGCGUCUUCAACCCCUACUCGCAACGGCACGCAGCCGCCGCCAGUCCCCAGCAGAGCUACUGAGAUCAAACGGGACCUGUUUGGAGCGGAACCUUUUGACCCGUUUAACUGUGGAGCGGGGGAUUUCCCUCCAGAUAUUCAGUCAAAACUGGACGAGAUGCAGGAGGGGUUCAAAAUGGGACUAACUCUUGAAGGCACAGUAUUUUGUCUCGACCCAUUAGACAGCAGGUGCUGAUGUGAAGAACAAGAGGUCCAGAUUUGGGUUGUUUGUUUUACAUGCGCAUAGAUCACUCCUAAAUACCUUGUGACAGGUGGUGUCUGUGUGCCAAUAUGUGUUUGAAGAUCUCCACUGUUUGCAAAUUAUUUUAGUAGAAUGUGUUCCACUAUUGAUCUAUGACGUUUAUUUUAAAAAUAAGUCACUGUAAAGUAAAUCAUACUUUCACGUUCCUUUCUGUUUCUCUUGUCGAUGAAUUUAGAAUCAAAGAACAAAUUAUCCAAAUAUCUGCCUUGUGUCUGAGUUCUGAAUAAUUAGCAUCUUGAAAUCUGUGUUCAUUUUCCAGGCUGCUACUUUAUUAUUCAUCCCCAAAAGCCAUACCUUGAUGAUCCCUUUCAGUCUUGAGGAGAUAUACCAAUGCUAAACUUAGUAUAUCUGUAUUCAGACCAAUAAGCAUGUUACCAUGCGUCAGACAGGUGUUAUUUUAUGUGUUAAAUGUUGUUCAUAUCAUCGGCAACACGUAAACUUUGAGUAUAAUACCGCCAGGUCAUUUUUAGCAGGUAAAAUAGCAAAAACAUAAUUUCCAAUAAUAAUUAAGCCAAAUAAUUAUUUAUUAGUAAAAGCAAAGUAAUAAUGUUAGCUAUUACA